AUGGAUCAGCUCCCGGCAACCAGUGAUGGGAAAGAUGUUGCGGAACUUGUCAUCCUCGACGAAGCCUGUGGAACGGGCGCAAUCAGCUCGCGGCUGCUCCACAUGUUUGACGACAAAACCAGGGCGAUGACUGACCUCACCAUGUUGGACAUUGCUAAGCCACCGCUUGAAUAUGCUGAGCGGCGAAUUCAACUAGAAGGAUACAGCUUGAAAGCUUUCCGAACACUCCAGGGAGAUGCAACGGACACCAAGCUGCCUUCUUCUCAUUUUACACAUAUCUUCCUCGCCUUCGGGCCCAUGAUGUUCAACGAUUGGCGAGCGGCUUUGCGCGAAAUCCAUCGUAUGUUACGACCAGGCGGACUCGUUGCCAUGUCUACCUGGGAUGACGGCGGCUGGCUGGCUGAUGUCCGCGCUUCGCUAGCUAGUGACCCCUCUUUACCUCAGGCACCGAGUGCAAAGGAGCUACUAGAAGCGUUCAGCCCCGGCAGUCACUGGAGCGAGCCGAUGUGGAUCAAAGGGAAGCUACAGGAGUUUGGAUUCGAGGACAUCCAAAUCGAAACGAAGGCGAGAACGGGAACGUUAGACGGAAUGGAUGAGUUUAUGGUUACAGUCCCCUUGACUUUAGGUAAUGUCAUUGAAAAGUGCUGGUCUCAAGAGCAAGCUGCGGCUCACGGUAACCGAGCAAAAGAGACGUUGGUCAAGUACGUGACACAGAAGUACGGAUCGGGUGAAAUUAAGUGGGGCUGGGUUGCCCAUCUGAUAACAGCGAGGAAGCCUAUGCCAGCAAAUUGA